AUGAGUGAGUCCGUGAAUGUGGGUGAGUCCGUGAGUGUGGGUGAGUCCGUGAGUGUGGGUGAGUCCGUGGAUGUGGGUGAGUCCGUGAAUGUGGGUGAGUCCGUGAAUGUGGGUGAGUCCGUGAGUGUGGGUGAGUCCGUGGAUGUGGGUGAGUCCGUGAGUGUGGGUGAGUCCGUGAAUGUGGGUGAGUCCGUGAAUGUGGGUGAGUCCAUGAAUGUGGGUGAGUCCGUGAAUGUGGGUGAGUCCGUGAAUGUGGGUGAGUCCGUGAAUGUGGGUGAGUCCGUGAAUGUGGGUGAGUCCGUGGAUGUGGGUGAGUCCGUGGAUGUGGGUGAGUCCGUGGAUGUGGGUGAGUCCGUGGAUGUGGGUGAGUCCGUGGAUGUGGGUGAGUCCGUGGAUGUGGGUGAGUCCGUGGAUGUGGGUGAGUCCGUGGAUGUGGGUGAGUCCGUGGAUGUGGGUGAGUCCGUGGAUGUGGGUGAGUCCGUGGAUGUGGGUGAGUCCGUGGAUGUGGGUGAGUCCGUGGAUGUGGGUGAGUCCGUGAGUGUGGGUGAGUCCGUGAGUGUGGGUGAGUCCGUGAGUGUGGGUAAGGACCCGAGAACCGCCAUGGCCUCUCAUCACCCUGCGAAGAGGAAAGGGAAGGAGCCAUUUUUCCCUUGCAAGGUCUUGGAGCAAAAUGUAGACUGGAAGCCGUCAAGACACGCUGGCCUCGGAAAACCUCGCAUCUCGUGUGAAAUGGGUCGGGGCGGGGGCGAAUGA